CAGGUCCAAUAGAAAAGUGCGAAAGGCGCUGCGUAAAGGCGCAAAGGUGAGCCGCGGUGUAACACACACUGCGCGCGCGGAACUAAAGGCACCCGGCUGUGACACCUGCAGGGAAAAGGCGAGCUUCAGGAUGAAGGUGCAGCUGGUGUUACCCCUCAGCCUACUCACGUCGGUUCUUUUGGUGGGCUUCAUCAAAAUCCGGAGAAUGGAGUUCGAGAAGCAGGAAAAACUGAGCAGGUUCCAGGACAUCAAGAUGCGCGUGACCAACGACGUGAUGCAGGAGUACCAGAACGACGAGGCCGAGAGGCAGCAGCAGAUAGAGAAGACUCAGAGAGAGCUGAAGAACAUGGAGGAGGAGGUGAACAUGCUCCGGACCAAAGCUGAGAAGACGCAGGUGGACGCGGACAUCUGCCUGGGUGCCAAGAAAACUGGCACAGAUCAGAUGGCAGCGUCGGAGACAGAUUUACACAAUGUUAAAGAUGAGUCGGAGAAGGAGAUGGCUGAACAGAGGAAAGAAAUAGAUGCGUUGAAAAAGCAACUGGCUAAUCUGAGCCCAGUGUGCAACUUCUUGAAAGAAACCCCAGACCCAGUAAAGACUAUGUGUGGCAUUAAAGAUGAACCCAAGCCUAAAGAAGAGGCGCAAAAGGCGGAGCCUCCCAAGCAGGAGGAGGUAAAAGCAGAGCCCCCCAAGCAGGAGGAGAAAAAAGCAGAGCCUCCCAAGCAGGAGGAGAAAAAAGCAGAGCCCCCCAAGCAGGAGGAGAAAAAAGCAGAACCCCCCAAGCAGGAGGAGAAAAAGGCAUAGCCCCCCAAACAAAAGGAGCAGAAAGCAGCGGCCCUUAAAUAGGAAGAACCAAAAGCAGGGACCUCAUCGUGCACUACAACUUGUUUCAUGCUGUGCAACACUUCAUCUGGGGGCCAACGGGUGCACUCACAUGGACACAAGGAUCCUGGUGUCCAUCCUAGGCUUCCAAAGAGAUCACACAAAUCUGUUUUUGCAUAUCCAAGAGCAGACGAUGAAGGAGGAUUUGCUCAUUGAGGGCUGCAAGUUCCUGCGCACCCACCUUUUCUGUUUUCAAACACUUUUAGAAGAUCGUUUUGACAAGCCCAAAAGCAUUUAAGGCAUACUUCUGAUCCUCGGAAGCGAGAUUUUGUGUUGACGUUUAUAAGCAAUUAAUAUCUUACCUGU